GGGAAAGUCCAAGCAUGCGCAUGUCUAGUGUGAUCUGAAAGAAGUCCCAGUCGAUGUUCAGAAGUAGUAGUUGAACAUUCAUAUAAUGGCUGAGAAUGUGAAAGUUGCAGUCCGUGUUAGACCAUUCAAUCAACGGGAGCUGACACGCAAGGCGAAAGUGAUCAUCCAGAUGCAUGGUCACUCCACUUCCAUUUUUGACCCAACCCAACCGAACGCUGAGCCCAAGAAAUUCUCCUUUGAUUACAGCUACUGGUCACAUGACGGGUUCAGUGAGAAUACGGACGGCUAUCUGGCCCCUGAAAGUGCAGAUUAUGCAGAUCAGAAAAAGGUGUUUAGUGAUCUUGGUAAAGGAGUGCUUGACAAUGCCUGGAAGGGGUACAACUGCUCCUUGUUUGCCUACGGGCAGACCGGCUCUGGAAAGUCCUUUUCCAUGGUUGGGUAUGGAGCUAAUAAAGGAAUUGUUCCAGUGACCUGUGAAGAGCUAUUCAAAGGAAUAGAAAGCAAGGCUGACUCUGGUGUGCAGUUCCAAGUGGUACUGAGCAUGUUGGAGAUAUACAAUGAGCAAGUGAGAGACCUUCUCAACCCUGCCUCCAACGUCAAAGGGGGGCUCAAAGUCAGGGAACACCCCAGCAGGGGGUUUUAUGUUGACCAGUUGCGUUCAGUGGCUGUAAAGAACUAUGAGGACAUUGAGAAGAGGAUUGCCGAGGGCACUAAGAACCGCACCAUCGCCUCCACUAACAUGAAUGCCACAUCCUCUAGAGCACACACUAUUGUGGCUGUUACCUUUGUACAGAAGACCAACAAUGAAGCGGGGAAAGGCAUGACAAAGACGUCUGUUAUCAACCUUGUGGAUCUGGCAGGAAGUGAAAGAGCUGACUCCACUGGUGCCGUGGGUGCAAGACUGCAAGAGGGGGCGGCCAUCAAUAAGUCACUGUCUACUCUCGGGAAUGUUAUCAAAGCACUCGCUGAUGCCUCUACUGGGAAGAAAACACUUGUUCCAUUUCGAGAUUCAGUUCUGACCAAACUGCUCAAGAAUGCACUGGGUGGCAACUCAAAAACUAUUAUGAUUGCAGCUCUGAGUCCGGCAGACAUUAAUUAUGAUGAGACUCUUUCAACACUAAGAUUUGCUGAUCGUGCCAAGAGUAUCAAAACCACAGCAACAGUAAAUGAGAGUGCAACAGACAAACUCAUCCGAGAGCUUCGGGAGGAGAAUGCUCGAUUGCUGGAAAUGAUAAAGAAUGGGCAACUCAGUCCAAGUGCCUUAGCAAUUGGGGAAGAGUCAACGUCCGUAGAUGCAGAUGAGAUUCGAAGGAACAUGGAAAUGGAGCUAGCUGAGACGCUAGAGGCUAACAAAAGAGAGAUGGAGGAGAUGCAGAAGUCAUGGGAACAGAAGCUGGCAGAAUCUCAGAAAACGCAUCAGGAGAAAGACAAACAAGAGGCAAAAAGGAGCAAGGAUUUGCAGAAACUGCCUCACUUAUGGAAUCUUAAUGAGGACCCUCAGCUGACAAAUAUGGUCUCUCACAUAGUGAAAACGGGGAAGAGUAAAAUAGGCAACAAAAAGGCAAAGACACCACCGGAAAUUCUUCUGCAAGGACUCAGUAUUCAAACACAGCAUGCUGUGGUUAGCAAUACGGACAACAAAGAGAUCAAAUUGUGUCCUGUGGAGGGAGCUAAGAUUCUACUCAAUGGAGAACCGCUCACUGGCUCUGUCAUACUACAUCACAAUGACAGGGUUUUGUUCGGUUCCAACCAUCUGUACGUAUUUCAUCACCCGAAGGAACUGCAUUCCCUGAUCAAGUCAAGCAAGAAACCAAAGGCCAUCACGUAUGACUUUGCACAGGGAGAAAUAGCUACGAGUUCGGGAUUUGAUAUGAGUACUGAGGGUAAAAGCAAAGACGACAUCUUGCUGCAACAAGACCUCAUCUCUCUCAUGCCCAUGGUGUACGAAGCCAAUGCCAUCAGUGAGGAGCUGAACAAGAAGAUGUAUUUUGAGAUUAUCCUGGUGUCCCCACAAGCGCGAGGACUUAAGGAGGGACGGACCGAGGUUAAAGUCAAGAUGAGGAGUUUGGUCAACGAUGACUCAUGUUUGUUCGGCCGAAACAACUUCCUCGAUAGAAAAUAUCGUAUGCAGGAAAUGUACCAGAACUACAUCGAAGGCGGGGACUGGGACCUGCAGGAGGAGAAGAGUCCGUUCUGGCAGCCAGCUGAUAUUGAUGUGCAUAUCGGAUCUGUACACGUCUACCUGCAAAGCUUGACUUACAUGAUUGAGCUUGAGGAGCAGUUGACAAUCACGGAUUACAAGGGUAACGAGCAAGGGCUCCUUAGUGUGGAGGUGUGGCCUUGCAACAAAGACGGGACCACCCUUUCUGACAACGAGGACCUGUUUGUAGAAGACCCAGAGGAAUUGCUUGGCAAGACAGUGAACUUCCUGCUUCGAGUGGCCCAUGCUCGUGGCAUACCCCCCAAACUGAGCAAAGGUGUCUACUGUAAGUACAAGUUCUAUCUGGACAGUGAAGAUACCGACACACAGAGGAUCUCCGGGACAACCAACCCUGAGUUCGAGUUCUCCAAACAUUACUGUAUCAAUCCGGUCACUAAACAGUUUCUGGAUUACCUCAACUUGCAACCACUUAUUAUUGAGGUCUGGGGACAGCAGUCGAGUCAAUCUACAAAAGGAACCGCAGCACAGCUGAACACAAGGGAGCUGGUCUCCAAGGAAACCACUCGGAUUGGCAGUGCAGCCAUGCUCAAUCCCACAAAACAGAAGGACGAGGAGCGUUAUCGGCUAAUGUGUGAGCUGUCAGGGGCCAAGAGGAGGGCGGAGCGAAUGGAGAGCAAAGUUCGCAAGAUCAGGGCUCUUGUGGAAAAGGCAGACAAUGAGAAAGUAGAAGAGCUAAAGGUCUCCGAAGUGAAGGACAUUCUAAACAGUGAGGCACACACCUUCAAGGCUGUGGCCACAAUGGUAGCUCUUACUAACAGGGCCAAUGUAUUUAAGAAAAACAAAGCCAGUGUAUUAACAAAGAACAGCAAAGCCACAGCAGCGGAAACAACCAACAGCGAGUCUCAGAUCUGCUCUGUCAUGUAAUAAACAUCUCAUCAUAAUUUUAAAUCAUUAUCUCAUGUUUAUCCAAUGUAAUUGUAGCUAUAACAAUAUUAAACAUGCAGUCCUAUGCCAUGUGAUAGUGCAAGUUCAUCGCACAAUUAAAAAUUGUACAGUAGGCAAAAAAAUUAAUUUCUGCCUGAGAUAUAUAUGCAAU